GAUGGGACUCGGCGCCGCUCGGCGGGGGAGCUGGCCAAGCGGGCGACCAGAGCUGCUGAGAAGGCGGCCCCCACUCAGGGGACCGCUGCAGCCGAGCCCGCUGCAGUAGCUGCAGCGUCUUCAACUGUAACUGUGCCGCCGGCUACGCAGCAGCGGGUGGAGGCAUCUUCUGGCAAGCAAGCCCCAGUGGUAUCUGCCAUGUCUGCCAACGCACCAGCUUUUUACCCCAAGAUGACGCAAGCGGCCCCUUUCCUGGGAGCCGGAGUUCAGACUUCCCAGCAGGUGCCUCCGAUGGCUCCGUCACCUGUGCAACAGUCUGGGCAUGGUGCCAAAGCUGCCAUCACGAUGUCUCUGGAGGCGCCACAGAACAGCAACAUUCCACUGCGUCCCCCCAGAGGGUCGACGGAUGGGCCCAGGUCAGUGCCGGCGCCAGUCCUGAUACCCGCGGUUGCUUUUACAGCCACAGAAUCCGAAUGUGUUCGAAUCUGGGGUAUCUUCGACUCUGUCAGAGAGAUUUCCCAUCGUCUUAAAGCUGCCGGGCAUGCUGAGCGGUAUCGGGCCUUCUUGGCCAAAGGCAACUACCGCAAGUACCACUCAGCCUUUCACAACUCUCCGGCCACCUCGGGUGUGCCGCGCGUGGGCAACUGGUGCGUGGGUGCUGCGGCGACCUGUCUGCUUCCCGAGGUCCACGUCUUUUUCCCAGGAGACCAGCCGGAAGCUGUGGGAGACGCGACAGAGGCGUGGUUUGGCCGGGAAUGUGGUGCGACGCUCCCUCAUGAGCCUCUCCAACUUCCACCUCCUGAUGUGGGUCUCGAUGCCUCCCGAUAUGAGUGGAAGCAGGACUUCUGUGCGCUGCUCAACCUGACCCACUCUCGCCACGAAGGUAUUCCGACAGGCCUGUAUAGGAAGCUUCACUGGUGGGACUCCUUGGCAAAUAGGGAACUAGCCUUUGCCCAGUUUUUUCCGCGCCCGAGUGAGCUGACGGCCCCCCAAGGGGACCGAGGUACGUGGACUGUUUUCGCGGAAUCAGGCAUGGUGGCUCUGGCCUUGGAACUGGGUGGCCGUCCGGGAGCUGUGUUCACCUCCAAGGGUCUGCCAGGUUCUUCAACUGCUGCUCCCUCCCGCUCCCCCUAUGCGAAGCAUGGCCCCCGACUUACCGUGCUUACGCUCAAUGCGGGCGGUCUCUCGCAAGACGCGUGGGACGAAGUGCAGAUCUGGAUACAUGACCAAUGCACUCAGGACAUCAUCCUCCUGCAAGAAACACAUUGGUCACACAGCAAUAUGUUCUUUCUCCCUCGCUACAUUGUGAUCCAUUCGGGUACUGCUGGCCAUCGUCAUCAGGGGUGUGCGAUCUUACUAUCUAAGCAACGAUUCACACCCUCGAGAGUGCGGUGGGCGCCCAUAGUUCCGGGCCACCUCCUUCACGUGCGGGCCUCUCUGGGAACAAAGCCGGUGGACGUAGUAUGUUUGUAUCAGCACUGCUGGAGUCACAACGGGGAUACUGCCUCGCUUCUGCAACGAAGGGAGCGUCUCUGGGUACAGCUGGACAAACUUCUCGGAGGAGUUCCGCGGCGAAACGUGUUGGUGUUGGGCGGGGAUUUCAAUGUCGGCGGCCGUAUGGAUGGUCAAGCGUUCGGCCCAGGCACUAAAUCUGCCAGAGCGCCCCCUCCCGACCAGCCACUCUUUCAGAGUCUGUUGCAGACUCACUCCCUGCAAGCAAUCAACACUUGGAAGAGUGGCUUACGUGCCUGUACCUUUCAGAAUGGAGAAACGUUCACUCAAAUUGACUUUCUGAUUGGCCAUGCACAUCAGGUUGAUGAUAUGGCUCGUGGCGCUGAGUCGGACCACAACUGUCCUGUCUUGAAGUGGCGGUACGGUCCUCUGCACCACCCGGUCUAUGGGUCGUUUCCUGCCUGUUGGUAUGCCACUGCGCCGGCCACUCCCAGUGUGCCGAAACAGGCAAAGCUUAGCCUUGCCCAAACUCCUGAAGCCAUUCGAGCCUUCCGCGAAAAACUGGCGCUUGCGUUGCCGAACGCUGAAACGCCGCAGGAGCUUAACGACUGUCUUCAAGAAGCGGCGACACCUCUGAUGGUCGAAGAGCCUCGCCCUCCUCUCUCGCAUCUUCCACAGGUGCGCGGCUUCGUGGGAGCAAUGUGGGAGGCACGGCGUCGUGCUCUCGAGGUUUCUUGGUCGACUGGUCUUUCAGUGCUUCCUCUGAGCCUGUCAAAUAUUUGGGAUGUGGUGGUGCGACUACACUUCACUGCCCGCGUCAGAAUGCUGCGCAGUGUCUGGCAGGGCUGGUGCUCGGCUGCGAGAUAUCUUGCCCUGCGCAGGGCGCUGCGAAAGACCAGUCGUAAGGCGAGGCGGCAAGUGAUGGACGACCGCAUCUCCGCUGCGGCUCAGGCAGAACAACAAGGGGACCGCUCCGCUCUUUUUGCGGUCGUUCGAACGUUCAUGCCCAAACAACCGCGGAUGCGGACCCAGCUUCGGGGUCCGGAAGGCGAGUUGCUCUCCUCUGCAGCUGAAGCAGAUGCAUAUGAGGCAUACUGUCGUACGGUGUAUGCUCCUGCUCUCUCUGCGCGGGAAGAGCUCCCACCGCUGGCACCGCCAGCUGAAAACACUGCGCCGCCCGUGUCCCUAACCCUGGAGCACGUCCUCCAGGCUCUCCGGUCUUUCUCCGCGCGUUCCCCGUCAUCUGGCUCCCAUCCUGCUCUGCUGAUCUGCCCUCACCUCCAUCGGCUCUACUUGCGGGCCAGGCCUCCAGCGGCUGUUUUCCCCCCGCUUUGGGCCGACUCCUGGCUGACUUGGUUGCCUAAGCAGGGGAAGACGGGUACCACCCCAGCGGAGCAACGCCCCAUAUCCCUGACGGAUUUCGGGGGGAAGGCGGUCACCAAGGCGUUCACCUCCCAACUCCAGCCCACUCUUCGGGAGGCGUUGGCUCCGUGGCCGCAAUUUGCUUAUCUCGGUGGUCGAUGCAUUGAGCACGCCAUCGCCAGAGUAACGGCCCACUGUGUGGCAGUUCGGGAUCGUCUUGCUUCCGGAAGAGUGACCCUGAAACAGCGCAGGGCCGGCAGUGGCCCACAGGGCCAAUGUUAUGGGGGAGUUAUGGUUAGUGUUGACUGCUCCAAGGCCUUCGACACGGUCGAUAGGCAGGUCCUUAAAUCGGAGCUGUGCAGCGCAGGAGUCCACCCUGAGGACGUUGACUUCAUUAUGCGCAUGCACACGGCCAUCUCCUAUCACCCUGUGCCCAAGGAUCCCCGCCGCGCGGUUCACAGCACACGGGGUGUUAGGCAAGGCUGCGCUUUAGCUCCAUCUUUAUGGUCGCUCAUCACCGUUGCCUUACUGCGUGCCCUCGCGGAGAAAUGCGGCACCCAAUGGGUCACCGACCUUGUCACUAUGUAUGCGGACGAUCUCCUGGAAACCUGGGAGGUGUACACCAGAAAGGACCUGGAUCUGCUCAUGCAGGCUGUCAGUCAGAGCUUUCAGCUGCUGGAAGCGCUCGGACUGCAAGUCCAGCCACAGAAGACCAAAGUGGUCCUCGCGCUUAGGGGAAGGCAAGCGCGCCUUUGGAUACGUCGAGACACCUUGGACACCCCCGAUGGCAGAGUCCUUCUUAUCCCGACCCCCAACGGGAAGCCACACCAUCUGCCAAUUGUGUCCUCCAUCAAGUACCUGGGGGUAGUUCUCAGUUAUGGCGACUUUGAGGGCGCCACGCUGACACAUCGCCUGUCCUGCGCAGAAGCAAAUCGCUCUCGUAUUCUCCGUAUCCUUCACUCCCGAUCGGUUAGCUUGCGGCGUAGAGUUCAGCUGUGGCGGGCGUGCGUCUUCUCCUCAGCCGUGUAUGGCCUGCACGUUGUUGGCCUUUGGCCCAAGCAUCUCCGCAGGCUGACCGUUGCUCUGGCUGUUCAAGGCGAGCUCGUCGAUCAGGUGCUGCCCUCUCCGCCACGAUCUCGAGAGGGAGCUUGGAUUCCUCUCGCAGACUGGCCACAGCUCCGCGACGCCCCCAUGAGUCAAUGGCUUGAGAUCUUCCGAAUUCCCUCGGCAGCUCAGAUCUUACGUGAGGGCUGUUUCCUGGUUAUUGAAUUGCAGACGUGCUCUUUGCUCUUUGUCCGCAGUCACCGAAAGCUCAGGGUCGGUUUGGUCCGAUAUCAGAAGCUGGAUCAUGAUGUGAUGAGCAAUCUCCUCGCCUGCUGUUUUGCCCGACUAGAAGGCCGCGUGGCGGGCCUGGCACAGGGGCUGGAUGCAGCGGUGGAAGAGAACGGCUUAAACUUCAGCCAAGGAGAGAGACAGCUGCUGUGCCUCGCACGGGUUCUGAUGGAGCGGACGGAAGAUGAGGAGCCCCCUCUUGGGCCCCCACUGCUCCUCUGUGACGAGCCGACAGCGGCUUGCGAUCUUGCGACGGAUCGGCACAUCCACGACACGCUGCUGCAUGGCCUUGACAAGGACUGGACGCUGGUCGUGGUUUGCCAUCGUCUCCACUACGUGCAUGAGUUCGACAAUGUCUUCGUCUUCGAAGAGGGGCGCGUAGUGGAAGAAGGAUCUCCAAAGGACCUGCUGGCCGAUGGUGCUGAGGCUGGCCACCCCUCACAAGGGCUUCUGACGAAGAUGUGCCGCCAGCAAGGAGUGUUGUAG